UUGUGAAAUGACUUAGCUCAGAUUCUGGUUGGUGUCAUUCACCAAACAUAUUGUGACUGACAUUAUCUGCUAGUCUGAAGAGAGGGGUAUAUUACCUCUGAGGGGUGGAGGCUGAGUUGCAUCCUUGUCGUCUUUUUUAGAGAUCAUAUGCAUUCUUGCCAUUGUUGAACCUUGGAGCCCAUCAGGACAUUUUAAAGAAAUAGAGGAGGGUCCUAAUUAAUUUUUGUCAUUGUUUGUUUCCCUUGUUUGCAGAGAAGCUGAAACGCUGUAAUGUACCACUGAGCUGGACAAGCCAGGAAUGAGCCAGCCUUGGGAAGGAGUACCUGCUGUCCUAGCUGGAGACGUCUGAAGAGAGGACAUUUCAGUCUUGUGGCAUGCUUCAGUAGAAAUUAUUCAGAAAAAGAUGGCUGGCUGUGGUGAAGUAGAUCAUUCAAUCAACAUGCUUCCCACAAAUAGGAAGACAAAUGAGUCGUGUACCAAUGCAGCACCUUCCCUGCAAGUCCCUGAAUGCGCCAUCUGUCUGCAAACGUGUGUCCAUCCAGUAAGUCUGCCCUGUAAACAUGUUUUCUGCUAUCUGUGUGUUAAGGGAGCUUCCUGGCUUGGGAAACGAUGUGCACUGUGCCGGCAGGAGAUUCCUGAGGAUUUUCUUGACAAGCCAACCUUACUGUCACCUGAAGAACUCAAAGCAGCAAGCAGAGGCAAUGGAGAAUAUGCUUGGUACUAUGAAGGUAGAAAUGGCUGGUGGCAGUAUGAUGAACGUACCAGCAGAGAGCUGGAAGAUGCCUUUUCCAAGGGUAAAAAGAGCACUGAAAUGCUAAUUGCUGGUUUUUUAUACGUAGCAGACCUUGAAAAUAUGGUUCAGUAUAGGAGAAAUGAGCAUGGACGUCGCAGAAAAAUAAAACGGGACAUAAUAGAUAUACCAAAGAAGGGAGUGGCUGGGCUGAGGCUGGACUGUGACACCAACACUGUCAACCUGACACGAGAAAGCUCUGCUGACGGUGCGGACAGCACACUGACUCCAGGGGCUGCAGCUGUGCAGCCUCUAGCACCCAUUUCUGUGAGGCCCCUACCAGCACUAGAUGGUCAGCUCGUGAGCCCUGCAACACCGUCACCUGAUGCAAGCAAUUCUCUAGAGAACUCUUUUGCCCACUUGCAAAUAAAUGGAGACAGUAUGGCUGAAAGGAGUCACAGGGGAGAGGGAGAAGAAGACCACGAAUCACCGUCUUCUGGUAGGGUGCCAGCCCCUGACACCUCUGUUGAGGAGACCGAAUCAGAUGCCAGCAGUGACAGUGAGGAUGUGUCUGCCCACCUUCAGCAACGCCUGUCCUCUGGUCAGCAGAGACACUUGAAUGCUGGUGCAAGCCAGGCAGGAGCAGAUAGACCAGGGGCAGGGGGCGAGGUGGCAAACACAAGUGUAAGAUCUAGAAGGCCAGAUGGACAGUGCACAGUCACUGAAGUUUAAAUCUAGAGCCAUG